AUGAUCCUACUUGUUACAAACCCAAGUCUCAUUAAUUGUAGAGCCCUUCCAUCUGGAACAAAGAACAAAAGCAAUGAUCACCAUGAAGCUAAUGAUAUUUAUGAUCAUGGAUUUGGUUCUGUGUCGACCAAUAUGAAGGCUUCGGUUUAUCCAGAGUCUGUUAAGGAUGCUGGUGGUGGGCAGGUUUCAGGAACAGACCAGCAGGUGUAUAAGUUGGCUUCUUCUGGACCUAGCGGGAAAGGCUCCGGGCACUAA